CCAGCGGGGUUGUGAAAUUGGAACUCUCGAGGAAGAUGUUGGCUGGCAAACUCAACGAAACUACUUUCACUGGUUUAGACCAACUCACUACCCUAAACCUCUCUAUCAAUUUCCUCCGAGGCUCUCUUCCUCCAUCUCUGUUUCAAAUGUUGAAUCUACAAGUCAUCGAUCUCAGCAAAAACGAUUUCUCUGGUCAAUUUCGAUGAGUAUCAACCUCCCUUUUCUCGAGAUCUUUGACAUUUUUGAUAAUUCAUUGGAAAGCUCGGUUCCUGUGGGGAUUUGUAUCAAUUCAACUCGAAUUCGGAUCAUUGAUUUUGCUGUGAACCACUUUUUUGGUAGAAUUCCAUAUGGGUUUGGGAAUUGCAGCUCGUUAGAACACCUCUGGGUUGGUCACAAUUUUCUCACCGGAGACAUACCGGAUGAUAUUUUCUGGCUACCGAGAUUGAACCAGUUCGGUCUUCGAGAUAAUCGAUUUUCGGGUGAGCUCAGCAGUGGAAUUGGUACAGGUGAUAUGCCACCUCCAAGGGCUUAGCUUGAGAGGUGUAGGAAUUGAAGGCUCUGUUUUGAUUAUUUUUGUUUUGUGAUUAAAUGUAAAUCCAAGCCUAGGGCUUUCUAUGUAUAGAGCUAGGACUCUACUUUUGUUGUAACCAAGUGAUGACUUGGAAAACUGUAAGCCGCAGGGCAUUCUUUUGUUGCAAACAUGUAACAUUUCUGUAAAGCAAACUCUGAUGAAUGAAUAUAUAUAUA